CCCCAUACUCCGUGGUAGGAGCCGGGACCCAAACAAAGGCGGGCGGCGAAUAAAAGGCGGCGGCGGCGCUGAGUGCUCCGGUUGCGCGCUGGGGAUCGAGACUGGCACCAAGCAGUCCGUAGCCAAUACGCCCUGGAGCCGAUCGGGGACCGCCGGCCUCCUGCAGCCCCGAGGAGCUUCUUCUGAGACUCCCGCCAGGGGACAAGGCUUCGCGGCGGGGCUCCCACUCCUCCGGCGGGUCCCCUCCAGCGUCCGCCGCUCAGCACAGCUUAGCUCGGCCAGCCGAGAUGGGAAGACUGAGGCUCAGGACGGUUAUGCUGCCUGCUCUGAAUCACAUGGGAUUUGCACCCCAAUCAAAGCCACCGCUCUUAACACUGCCGCACUCCUCUCAUUCCCCGUCCUGAGGAAUGUUUACCCCCAGGCAAAUUGUGAUAGGGCGGUGGGGACACCUGGGAGAUAUGGGGCCCCUGGAGCGUCAGAUCUGGGGAGUCUUGGCAGAAACGAUGCUGAGCCAAGCCUGCAGAGCUGCGGUAGGUCUGGAUGCCUUCUGCAGGGGCUGCAGACCUGGCCGGGUCACAACGGGAGAGAGGGGCCUCCAGAUCACCCAGGAGGGCUGCCGGACUCAGAACCCUGACCUUUGACCUCCACACACACCAACACACGGUAAACUCUACUCCCCACAAGGUGGGCUGAAGUGGGGUCGGAUGGGUAGGCUCCGUCCCCAGGAAAGGUGCAACCGUGGCCCCCACCUCCGAUGCUCUACCCAAGGCUGGGAGGAGGAGGAGGAGGCUCCAACGCCACCCCCAGGACACGUCUGAGCGGCCGCCUGUGCAGAUGCAAACUGGGCAUCAGAACAUUUGCACCCCAGGCACCUGGCAGGCCUACGCUGGGACACCCCAGAGAGGAGGUUGAAUCGUGGCACUGAUAGGAAUCUCGUGUGUCCCAGGAGCAUCUCCGCCCCUCCGUGCUGGGCGCCCCUCCUCUCCAUCCACCCCAGAGCCCCAACCCGGUUGGCUUCUCCAUUCUUUGUCUCCCUAUUUCCGCCUGUCUCUCCACCACCCAUUCUCCCUUCUCCGUCUGGAAUCUCUCUGAUGUCCAUCUCUGUUGCCCCGCUUCCCCGGCCCUCUCUUACUCUGGACUGACGGCAACCCUCUUUCCCCUGGACAGACCGUCUAAUUGAAAUGGAGCACUCCAGAGAAUGCUAAUAGGAAAGAGAGCAUCAAUUAGCCAGCUCUGGAAUAAUUAGCUUCCUCCUCUCCCUGCCUGACGUCUAACUGGAUAAUGAGUCUCUCUGUCUAAAGAGAAGGCAGGCCCUCCUGCUGCUGGUCCUCAGAUCUCGGGAUGCAGAUGCCUGGUCCCUGCCAGUGCCCAAAGGCUAUGGACUCUGAGGAUGACCCCCUGCUGCAGGAUGUGUGGCUGGAGGAGGAGCAGGAGGAGGAAGAAGCAGCAGGCGAGGCCUUUGGCAGGGCCCAGAAGUCGGGGCCCCGCCCUGGGGCAGGGGGGCAGUGUUGCUGGCGGCGCUGGACCUUGCCCUCCCGGCCCCCGGCCACGGGCUUCUGGAGUACCCUGGGCUGGGCCUUCACCAACCCGUGCUGUGCAGGGCUGGUGCUCUUCUUGGGAUGCAGCAUCCCCAUGGCCCUGUCAGCCUUCAUGUUCCUCUACUACCCGCCACUGGACAUUGACAUCUCCUACAACGCCUUUGAGAUCCGCAACCACGAGGCCUCGCAGCGUUUUGACGCCCUCGCUCUGGCACUCAAGUCACAGUUUGGAUCCUGGGGACGCAACCGGCGCGACUUGGCUGACUUCACCUCUGAGACGCUUCAACGCCUCAUCUCGGAGCAGCUGCAGCAGCUGCACCUCGGCAAUCGCUCGCGGCAGGCCUCCCGGGCCCCGCGCUCCGCUCCCGCGGCCGCCUGGGACACCUCCGCGGCCCAAGAUCCUGCAGCCGCUGGGAGCAGGCGACUUCGGCGUGAUGCCCCGCCCCUGGCGGAUCUGGCAGCCAACCAGAGUGAAGCACCGCCGGACCCUGGGCCCGACAAGAAUGGGCGGCGCCAGCCCAGCGCCACACCCCCCGCGGAAGCAGCGGCCAAUCAGAGCCGAGCCCGCCGGGGCGCCUCGCGCUGGGACUAUUCUCGCGCCUAUGUGAGCGCCAACACCCAGACGCACGCACACUGGCGCAUCGAGCUCAUCUUCCUGGCGCGCGGCGACGCGGAGCGCAACAUCUUCACCAGCGAGCGGCUGGUCACCAUCCACGAGAUCGAGCGCAAGAUCAUGGACCACCCCGGCUUCCGGGAGUUCUGCUGGAAGCCCCACGAGGUGCUCAAGGACCUGCCGCUCGGCUCCUACUCCUACUGCUCCCCGCCCAGCUCGCUCAUGACCUACUUCUUCCCCACCGAGAGGGGCGGCAAGAUCUACUACGAUGGCAUGGGCCAGGACCUGGCCGACAUCCGGGGCUCUCUAGAACUGGCCAUGACUCACCCUGAGUUCUACUGGUACGUGGAUGAGGGCCUGUCUGCAGACAACCUGAAGAGCACGCUCCUGCGCAGCGAGAUCCUGUUUGGAGCACCCCUGCCCAACUACUACUCUGUGGAUGACCGCUGGGAGGAGCAACGGGCCAAGUUUCAGAGUUUCGUGGUCACCUAUGUGGCCAUGCUGGCCAAGCAGUCUACUAGCAAAGUCCAGGUCCUCUACGGGGGCACAGACCUCUUUGAUUACGAGGUGCGCAGGACCUUCAACAACGACAUGCUGCUGGCCUUCAUCAGCAGCAGCUGCAUCGCCGCCCUGGUCUACGUCCUCACCUCCUGCUCAGUGUUCCUGUCCUUCUUCGGGAUUGCCAGCAUCGGCCUCAGCUGCCUGGUGGCGCUCUUCCUGUACCACGUGGUCUUUGGCAUCCAGUACUUGGGCAUCCUCAAUGGGGUGGCUGCCUUCGUGAUAGUGGGCAUUGGCGUGGACGACGUCUUCGUGUUCAUCAACACCUACCGCCAGGCCACCCACCUGGAGGACCCGCAGCUGCGCAUGAUCCACACCAUCCAGACGGCCGGCAAGGCCACCUUCUUCACCUCCCUGACCACGGCCGCCGCCUACGCAGCCAACGUCUUCUCCCAGAUCCCGGCCGUGCACGACUUCGGCCUGUUCAUGUCGCUGAUCGUGUCCUGCUGCUGGCUGGCCGUGCUCUUCACCAUGCCUGCCGCCCUGGGCCUCUGGAGCCUCUACGUGGCGCCCCUGGAGAGCUCCUGCCAGGCCAGUUGCCACCAGAAGUGUGGCCGGAGGAGCUCCUUGCACUUCCCCGGGGACGUGUUCGCCACUCCCGAGCGGGCGGGGGGCAGCCGCGCCCAGGGCCCCAUACCCUACCUGGACGACGACAUCCCCUUGCUGAGUGUGGAGGAGGAGCCGGUGUCCCUGGAGCUGGGCGACGCGUCGCUGGUGUCUGUGCCCCCCGAGGGUCUGCAGCCGUGCCGAGGCCAGCUCCUGGUGCAGCUGCAGGAGCUGCUGCACCACUGGGUGCUCUGGUCCGCCGUCAAGAGCCGCUGGGUGAUCGUGGGGCUCUUCCUCUCCACCCUGGUGCUGUCCCUGGUGUUCGCCAGCCGGCUCCGCCCCGCCAGCCGCGCCCCGCUGCUCUUCCGGCCGGACACCAACAUCCAGGUGCUGCUGGACCUCAAGUACAACCUGAGCGCCGAGGGCAUCUCCUGCAUCACCUGCUCAGGUCUGUUCCAGGAGAAGCCCCACAGCCUGCAGAACAACAUCCGGACGUCCCUGGAGAAGAGGCGGCGGGGCUCCGGGGCCCCCUGGGCCAGCCCACAGGACGCCCUCGGCACUGUGUACGUCUCCAAGGUGAAGAGCAAAGGCCACCUCGCUGUCUACAGGCUCUCCCUCAAUGCCAGCCUGCCCGCACCCUGGCAGGCCGUGUCCCCUGGGGACGGAGAGGUGCCCUCCUUCCAGGUGUAUAGAGCGCCUUCUGGCGACUUCACCAAGAAGCUGACCGCUUGUAUGUCUACAGUAGGGCUGCUCCAGGCCGCGAGCCCCGCCCGCAAGUGGAUGCUGACCACCUUGGCCUGUGACGCCAAGCGGGGCUGGAAGUUCGACUUCAGCUUUUACGUGGCCGCCAAGGAGCAGCAGCACUCCCGGAAGCUGUUCUUUGCCCAGUCCCACAAGCCCCCCUUCCACGGGCGCGUGUGCCUGGCUCCUCCCGGCUGCCUGCUCAGCUCCAGCCCCGACGGGCCCACCAAGGGCUUCUUCUAUGUGCCCAGUGAGAAAGUGCCCAAGGCCCGCCUCUCAGCCACCUUCGGCUUCAACCCCUGCGUGAACACAGGCUGCGGGAAGCCCGCGGUGCGGCCUCUGGUGGACACAGGGGCCAUGGUCUUCGUGGUCUUUGGCAUUAUUGGCAUCAACCGCACCCGGCAGGUGGACAACCAUGUCCUUGGAGACCCGGGCAGCGUCGUCUACGACAGCAGCUUCGACCUCUUCAAAGAAAUCGGGCACCUGUGUCGCCUCUGCAAGACCAUCGCCAGCAACUCGGAGCUGGUGAAGCCCGGCGGGGCCCAGUGCCUGCCCUCAGGCUACAGCAUCUCCUCCUUCCUGCAAAUGUUGCACCCUGAGUGCCGGGAGCUGCCCGAGCCCAACCUGCUGCCGGGGCAGCUGUCCCACGGGGCGGUGGGCGUCAAGGAGGGCCGCGUGCAGUGGAUCUCCAUGGCCUUCGAGUCGACCACGUACAAGGGCAAGUCCUCCUUCCAGACCUACUCGGACUACCUGCGCUGGGAGAGCUUCCUCCGGCAGCAGCUGCAGACCUUCCCCGAGGGCUCGGCCCUGCGCCGUGGCUUCCAGACCUGCGAGCACUGGAAGCAGAUCUUCAUGGAGAUCAUAGGGGUGCAGAGUGCCCUGUAUGGCCUGGUCCUGUCCCUGCUCAUCUGUGUGGCCGCGGUGGCCGUGUUCACCACCCACAUCCUGCUCCUGCUUCCCGUGCUCCUGAGCAUCCUGGGCAUCGUGUGCCUGGUGGUGACCAUCAUGUACUGGAGCGGCUGGGAGAUGGGUGCUGUGGAAGCCAUCUCCCUGUCCAUCCUGGUGGGCUCCUCCGUGGACUACUGCGUCCAUCUGGUGGAGGGCUACCUGCUGGCCGGAGAGAACCUGCCCCCCCACCAGGCUGAGGAUGCCCGCUCGCAGCGCCAGUGGCGGACGCUGGAGGCCGUGCGGCACGUGGGCGUGGCCAUCGUGUCCAGCGCCCUCACCACGGUCAUCGCCACCGUGCCCCUCUUCUUCUGCAUCAUCGCCCCCUUCGCCAAGUUCGGCAAGAUCGUGGCGCUCAAUACGGCCGUGUCCAUCCUGUACACGCUUACUGUCAGCACCGCCUUGCUGGGCAUCAUGGCCCCCAGCUCCUUCACCCGGACCAGGACUUCCUUCCUCAAGGCCCUGGUUGCUGUCCUGUUGGCAGGGGCCCUGGGGCUGGGCACCUGCCUCGCCCUACUGCGCAGCGGCUAUAAGAUCCCCCUGCCCAGCGGGGCCACCCUAUAGCCCUGCCCCAUGGCCUGACUUGAGCACCUUGCCCUGGCUGAUGGGGACCAGCCACACUCUCUGACCCCAGAGACUCCUUGUCCCCCAGCCUGGCUCAGCUAGUUCCAGUCCCAACCUGGCAAGCAGGUGUCCACACUGUGGAUCACAUCGCCUUCAUCGCUGCCAGAGCCCACGCCCAGGACGAAGCUGGCCACCACUGCCCCUGGGCUCUGCUGGUCCCUGGAUGGAAUGGGGCGGCCCUGCUCCCAGGCCUGGUCACCACUGGUCCUAGAGCAUCUCUGGAGUCCCUGCCGCAGUGCUCAUGGCCUUCUGGGGGUUCUUUGCGGCUCCCCUUCUACGCAGUGGAGCUGAGACACCCAGAGGCGGAGCAAUGCCCUGCGGCAGCCGGGGCUCCCUGGGCCUUGCAGGAAGAGCACAGGGGGUCCACGCAGGGUCCCGCUCCCCUGGCCUCCCUCCCCAUGGCUCUAUGUGGCCAGGGCCAGAUGGUCCUGUGGGCCUUACCACUGAGGACAGAGGGGCCCGGCCUGGGGUUGUGCAUGUCCUAGCCCCAGCCCCAGCCUCAGGGGCUCUCUAAGACCCCCCAGGGGUUGUGGGCCCAGCACUGACUUCCCCACGUCCAAGCCCCGUCUCCCGCACCUGGCACGGAGGGUGGAUGUCUUGGGCGGCCUCGGUGGGGAGGAGCUGCCGUGCCUGCCGCUGCCUCACGGCAGAUGGUUCCCAUUAAAGUGAGAUGGAACUGCA